AUGACGUUAGGCGACAUUGAGGAUCUCACAAAGGAGCUGACGACAGCCGCAACCAAUGAUGAAGCCGCAAUCAACUUCAAAGUUCGCGUCCAUCCUCGCUACCGAAAGGAGGAUCUGGAGGAUGAAGCAGAAACUAAAGAUGAGGACACCUCAAACCCCAACACCACCACUGAAUACCGAAGCUUUCUUCCGGGAAAAUAUUCCAUCUUCCUCAAAACCUGGGGCUGCACGCACAACAGCUCGGACAGCGAGUACAUGGCCGGACUGCUCUCGCAGGCGGGCUAUCGCAUCGUCGAGGACCGUGCCGCCGCCGACCUGUGGCUGCUCAACAGCUGUACGGUGAAGAACCCCGCGGAGGACCACUUUCGAAAUGAGAUCACCGCGGCGACGGCCGCCGGCAAGCGACUGGUGGUGGCCGGCUGCGUGCCCCAGUCUGACUACCGCAAGGAGCCCGCCUACCUUCGCCGCCUGAGCAUCAUCGGCGUCCAGCAGAUCGACAAGGUGGUGGAGGUGGUGGAGCAGACGCUGCAGGGCAACACCGUCCGCUACCUGAGCAUGGCCAAGGACCGGGACGGGAGCGGGCGGAAGACGGGCGGCGCCUCGCUGGCGAUGCCCAAGGUGCGCCGCAACCCGCUCGUGGAGAUACUGUCCAUCAACACCGGCUGCCUGAAUGAGUGCACGUACUGCAAGACGAAGCACGCCCGCGGCAAGCUGGGCAGCUACCGACCGGAGGAGAUUGUCAGCAGGGCGGUGGCCGCCUUUGCCGAGGGCGUCCGCGAGCUGUGGAUCACCAGCGAGGACACGGGCGCCUACGGGCGAGACAUUGGCACCAACCUGCCGGCGCUUCUAAGCGAGCUGGUGAAGGUCAUACCGAGUGGAUGUCGGCUGAGGAUUGGGAUGACCAACCCGCCCUACAUUUUGGAGCACCUCGAGGCGAUGGCGGCCAUUCUGCGGCACCCGCGCGUCUACGCCUUUCUGCACAUUCCGGUGCAGGCGGGCGCCGACGAGGUGCUCGCCGACAUGAAGCGCCAGUACUGCAUCGACGACUUCUGCACCAUUGUCGACUUUCUCAAGCAGAGAGUGGAAGGCAUCACCAUCGCCACUGACAUCAUCUGCGGCUUCCCCACCGAGACGGCGGCGAACUUUGAGGAGUCGCUGCGACUGAUUGAGCGCUACCGCUUUCCGGUCCUUUUCAUCAACCAGUUCUACCCGCGGCCGGGCACGCCGGCGGCCAAGAUGCGCCGCGUGCCCACCGCGGAGGUGAAGCGCCGGAGCAAGGCCGCCAGCGAGCUCUUCCAGGCCAUUCAGCCGUACGAGGGCCGUGUGGGGGCCCGCUACCGGGGCGUGCUGAUCACCGAGGAGGCCGCCGACGGCCGUCACCUGGUCGGCCACAACAAGUGCUACGAGCAGAUACUGCUGGAGAAGGGCGCCGAAGGGGUGGCCAUGGGCGCCCUCAUCGACGAGGUGGAGAUCGUCUCCACUGGGAAGUACUACAUGAUCGGCCGGCCCAUUUCGCCCAGUAUUAUCUCAAAGCUGAUGGCCAAAGUUGAGCAGCACCAACACCAGAACCUGCUCUUCACCGCCUCGGCGCUUCUCCUCGCCGCUGCGCUGCUCUACCGAGGGUACCGCCAUUUCACCGGCUAA